AUGGACGGAGGCGAGAUUAUGAUAUUCCUGGACCUGGAGCAGCCGCAGCAGAAGCAGCAGCGAACCGGCAAUCCUGUGGCCGCUGAUCGGAGUGUCAGCGAGACGUGUUACUACUCUGACGAUGCGACAAUUACCGGCGACAUUUGCGACAAGGAGGAAGGACGGUUGCUGCUCGCAGGGGCGUGCGACAGUCGCGAGGAUGGCAGCGCAUCGAUGCGACGAUCGGCGGCAGAAGCGACGGCCAAGGGUGAUGGCCACGGCACCAGCAGCAGUGCUGCUUCUGCUGCUGGUUGUGGUGCUGCUGAUGAUUUCUCCCCGGGGGAGGUGGAAGAAGGCGAGGGGGACGAUGGAGAGCCGAGCCUAUGGUCGGCAUUGACGUUUGCAUGGGUGAGCGCGCUGCCUGCUUGGCUGGCUGGUUGUUUGGUGAGUCCGAUAGUGCGCAUGGGCGCGCGCAGAGCGCUGCAGCUGGCGGACCUCCCCCCGCCCCCCCGCACCUGCCGCGCGGAAUGGCUGGACGCGCAAACGGCGCGCUUGCAAGGGGAGGGUCGGAAGGAGGAGGAGAAUCGGGAAGCGGAGGGGGGGGGAAGGCGGGGGGGAAGGGAAAGCGGUCAGUCGGUGGUGUCGGGCGGAUGGCGGGAUAAUUGCCCCGAGGGUGCGGUGGCCCGCGCUGGACGGAUGGAUGGUGCGGCGGAAGUGGCCGUUGUGGGCGGCUCUGUAUUGGCCGCACCGGUGGCAGCUGCUGCUUCUUGCAGUGCUGUUUCUAGGGGAGUCGAUGCUUCAAGUAGGCAAAGCCGUGCUGCUGUAUCAAAUGUCUCCAUCAAUCGCCCGCCUUCCCCCUCCUUCCCCUCCACCAGAUCGCCUACCUUGAAGCGUGUGGCAGCAGCAGCAGCAGCAGCAGUGUGGCAGGGCAACCCGCGCCCACGGAGGGUAGCGGGGCUGGGCGCAGUGGCGGUGGUGAUGGCCGUAGUGAGCCAGCAAUUGAGCUACCGAUCAUAUGUUGUCUCCACCAACACACACACCGCCGCCAUCAGCGCAGGUGAGAAGACGGGGCGGUGCCUAAACCCCUGCAGCGCCUCAGCACUGGCACUGACCGUGGUGAGCCAGCAGCUGUGCUACCGCUCGUAUGUUGUCUCCACCAACACACACACCGCUGCCAUCAGCGCAGUGCAUCGCCACCUCCUCACCCUCACUGCCAGCGCGCUGAGCCACGUCAGCAGCGGGCACUGCAUCAACCUGCUGUCCAAUGACGUGCGCCGAUUGGAAGACCUGGUGUUCUUUGGCAACGCGCUCUGGGUGGCCCCGAUUGAGCUUGCGAUGGUCACGUGGCUGAUAGCGAGGGAGAUCGGAUGGGUGCCUACCAUUGCUGGCAUCGGCACGCAACUGCUACUGCUUCCGCUACAGCUGGCGUGUGGGAAGUGGAGCGUGCGGCAGCGAGAGCAAACGGCGGAGGCCACGGAUGCACGCGUCAAGCACACAGAGGAGGCUUUCGGCGGCAUCCUGACUGUGAAGAUACUGGCGCUAGAACGGGUGUUCACGGCAAUCAUCAAACGACUCAGGCGGACAGAAGUGUCGUUCCUGCAGAGCACCGCAGCCAUCAACGCCGUGACGGACGGCCUCUACUUCUCAUUCACCUCCGUGGUGGCCCUUGUCACCUUCGCCACCUUCACCUGCCUCGGAGGGCAACUCACCGCCUCCUCCGUGUUCUACGUCCUCACACUCCUCGAGAUCCCGCGCUACACCAUGGGGUGGAAGGUGGCCCAUGGCAUUCAGAACAUGGCUGAGGCGUCUGUCAGCUUCAAGCGCCUCUCACACUUCCUGCAGACCACCCUGCACGGAGCCAGGCAACAAGGAGCACCGUCCCACAAUGGCUCUGCACUGCUCCCAGAAGAGCGCCACUCCGCCCCUGACACCCGAACCACCUCUAAGCCACCCGAAUCCACAACUGCUGCUCUCACAGCACCAUCCUUGGACAAACUCUUCAGUCUACAGUCCCCGCCAUCCUCAGAACUCGCCUCACAGCCCAGCUACAGCCUCUCCUCAUCUGCUCCCACACGCCUUCCGUCCAUCCCCCGUGCUGCCCUGGUGCUUGAAGGGGCGUCCUUCGCUUGGGGAGAAGAAGUGGGAGAAGUUACCUGUGAGGGGAAGGAUGAGAUGGAAGACCAAGGGGGAGAAGGAUUCAGCGCAAGGCACGAGCAGUGCAAAGAGGAAGAGAGCCAUGCACUUCAAGUGGCAUCCGCAGGGCAUCAGUUUAUGGGCUUUCAUGCUGCUGCUGGUCCUUCCCCUCCUGCUGCUGCUGCUGCUGCUGCUGCUUCUGCUGCUUCUUCUGCUGCUGAUGCUGCUGCUGCGAGUGCGCCUGUGACUGCACAGGAGGACCAAGAGGGGCAGCGGGAGAUGGGAUGGCGAGGCGAGGCACCGAGGGGACGGGUGGAGGGAGUGAGCGUGAGGCUGGGAGAGGCAGAGCUGCUGGGAGUCACUGGCAAGACGGGCAGUGGCAAGUCGUUGCUGCUGCUGGGUAUUCUCGGGGAAGUGCCUCUCUCAUCGGGUGCUAUGCACCGCUCCGUGCCUUCCCUCGCCUACGCAUCGCAGCAGCCUUUCCUCUUUGAGGGGACGAUCCGCGACAACAUCCUAUUCGGCACACCGAUAGACGAGACACUGUAUGCCAAGUGCCCCACUUUGCCGGCCCUCCUCGGUGCCCUCUCCUCAACCUCUCCUUUCCCCCCCUCUUCCUCCUUCCCGCCUCUCUCUCACUCAAGGUGUUGGACGCCUGUGCCCUGCGCUCCAACUUUCGAGGUGCCUCAAACGCUGUCCCCCAUCGCCCUCUCCUCCGCACUCUCUCUUCCUCCUUCCCCCUCCUUCCCACUCAAGGUGUUGGACGCCUGUGCCCUGCGCACGGACUUGGCCCUGUGGCCACGUGGCGACGAAUCAUUGGUGGAGGAGGGCGGCGGCAACCUCAGUGGCGGGCAGAGGGCGCGCGUGUCCCUCGCCCGGGCGGCGUAUGCCGCCCUGCACUGCUGCGCGGGCGCAACACACUGCAACAGAGUGUUGGUGCUGGACGGCGGCAGAGCAGCGGCGUGUGGCGCAUGGAGUGACCUCUGCGCCCUGCCCUCCUCUGCGCAACACUCGGGCAACCUCCCUCCGGGGCGCGAUGUUUCUGAUGUUGCUGGCAGUGACAGCCUGCUGGACGAUCAGUGUUUCCACUCCCUCCCUCCCCGCCCUUUAUUUGUCUCAUCCCACGCUAUCCCCAAAAUUCUGUGUGUGUUUGCAGGCCUGCUGGACGUGGAGGGAUGGCAGCGCGGCGCCAUCCCCCUGUCUGUGUUUUGGGGCUACGCCAGACAGAUGGGCGUGCUGCCCCUGCUGCUCAUCGCAGCUCUCUUCCUCGCCGCACACGUCUCAAACUGCCUCGCAAGCUGGUUCCUGGGCGUGUGGACGGACACGCCCCACACCAUACACCACCCGCUUCUCACCCUCACGGCCAUCGCCCUCUCCUGUGUGGCCCUCUCUCUCCUCGCCUCGCUGCUCUUCCACCGCGCUGCUCUGCGCGCCUCCUCCUGCCUUCACUCACGCAUGCUGGCCUCCGUGCUCGCCUCGCCGCUCGCCUUCUUCCACCGCAACCCCACCGGGCGCGUGCUGAACCGGUUCAGUGAGGACCUCGGGGUGACGGACGACGUGCUGCCAGAAAUGCUGCUGGGAUUCGUCAAUUCCGUAGGCUUGUGCAUUGCGGCGGUGGUAUCGGCGUGCAUAGCCGUUCCUUGGACACUAAUCCCCGUGCUGCCGUUGCUGCUGCUGCUGCUGCACCUGCGGCAUCUGUAUGUGUGCACGGCGAGGGAGGUCCGGCGGAUGGAAUGCACCACUCGGAGCGUGUUGCUCGCUCGCUUCCUCGCCACCAUGGAGGGCCUGCCGACCAUCCGAGCCUUCUCCCAGCAGCGCCGCUUCCACCGCCUCUUCCUUCGCCACGUCACCGCCAACGCCACCCCGCACCUAUUCUGGCUUGCCACGUGGGAGUGGCUGGGCUUCCGAUUGGACCUCCUCGUUGCCGCCGCCCUGCUCUCUGCCGCCCUCGCCGCCGUGGCGUUGCUCCACUCGCUGCCGCCCGCCAUGGCCGCGCUGGCUUUGUCUUAUCUGCUGCAGCUGCCGGACUCCCUGCGCUGGGCGCUGCAAUACGGAGCGGAGCUUGAGAACACGUUCACCAGUGUUGAGCGCACACUCGAGUACACCAUGAUUCCAAGUGAAGUGCCCCCACCGAGCCCCAACAGUCAAUCUAAGCGUCAGCAGCAGCAGCAGCCACGGCAACAUCAGCAGGAGAAGAAGCAGCAGCAGCAGCAGCAGCAGCAGCAGAAGCAGCAGAAGCAGCAGAAGCAGCAGCAGCAGCAGGAAAAGUCCACCGCAAAAUCCACACUAUUCAGCGUGCUGUACGGAGCACUGCGAACAUCAUUCAGCCUCCUUCUCUCCAAAUCACUAUGCGCUCACAUUCCUCUCCUCCCCAACUGCCAAGCCACAAAUGCAGCAUCACACAGCGAGGAGAAGGGGAACAGCAGAAGCUCCCUUCGCCCCCCUUGGCCGUCAGCAGGUGCAGUGCAAGUGGAGCAGCUGACGGUGCGGUAUGGCAGCACGGGGCAGGCAGUGCUGCGCAGCUUGAGCUUUCGGCUCGCAGGAGGGGAGAAGUGUGGUGUGGUGGGGCGAACAGGUGCAGGCAAAUCCACACUCAUGCUCGCUCUGCUGCGGUUGGUGGAAGCGUCUUCAGGGAGCAUUUGCAUCGCUGCCCCUCGCCACCCUGCGAAGCAAGUAGUUACCAAGGUGGUGGCCAUUCCUCAAGAGCCGGUUCUUUUCAGCCAGUCAUUGCGAUUCAACCUUGAUCCCCUGGGCCAGCACAGGGACGAGGCCCUGUGGUCGGUGCUGGCAACGGUGCGGCUAAAGCCGCUGGUGGCGGGGCUGCUGGGCGGGUUGGAUGGUGCCCUGGCUCAGGGCGGGGGGAACCUGUCCCUGGGGCAGAGGCAACUGCUCUGUCUUGCAAGGUAG